CUGCUAUCGAUAUAUCGAUAAAUUAUUCUUGUGCAGAAUGUUAUCUCUGUCAAAUGAAAAUGAAGACAACUUGGUCAAAAGAAUUUGAAAAAAUGCUGAAAAUAACCCCAAUAACGAACCCGAUAUACGAACUGCCCGAGUACGUGUUUGUGGAGACCAAGUGGAUAUCAAGAAAGUUCGCUAUUGACAACAACAUAGUUACUCCGGAAAUCGAGCGCCAAAUCGGUGAACAGCCAAGCAAUGGAACCGCCACAGAAGCUAUUCAAAAAGGGUCGGAAAAAGAAAAGGGUCAGAGCCAUUCGACAAGCCUGUAUACCCCCCUUAUGCCAAGAAGAGAUCGUUUGACCCAAACCGAGACUCGCGACUUCUCUGAGGUGGCGAUACAGUGCAUCAUUGAGGAAGAAGAGAACUGGAAUCAGCCAGACAAAUCAAAAGAAAAAGGAGACGCCGCUGAUCAGGAAAACGAAAAAUUCCUUCUGUACGUGACUGAGAAAACAAGCAUGUUCCCGAAUGGAAUGAUGGAGUGCUUGGUUUGUGGUGAGGUUUCCAAAACGCUACACAAGCACCAGACCCACGUAUCCAUGCACUACAGUUCGGUUAAUAUCUGCUACCGUUGUGGCUGCGAUUUAGGGCCAUGGAACCUUUUAAAGCACGAGCCCGUGUGUCCCGCCUUGAAGACUAGAAAAUACUCCAUGUCCAUCAAGUGUCCGCAUCCGUUGUGCAGUUCUACGCUGCGAACGGAGAAGCACUUAGCCUACCAUCUGAAGAAACACGUCAAAAGCAAAUCCUACAGAUGCCUGAACUGCAAACUAUUUUUUAAGAGCGCCACAUCUUUUCUAAUUCAUCGAAAUCGAAAAAAAGGCUGCCGAAAGGCUAAGGCACUUGCACUCUUCCGAAAGCACAAAUUCCCUUUUGGGAAAGCUAAUCCUAAGCUGUGCUCCGUCUGCCUGUGUCGAUUCAGUAGCGAGACUGUAUGCCAGCGGCACAGAAGAAAGUGCAUCAAGAGCUACGAGAGACGUCUUAAGAAAAUAAUGAAAAAAAAAGUGCUCAAACAAACUUCGACCUAAGGCUUAUUUAUUAGCAUAUAAAAAUUAGUAACAAUAAAGACGAGCUUCUACGACGCUUGGAUUCCAUGAGCCUUCUUCAGUCCCUGGAACAGCUGUA